GUGUACUUUGGUGGACAGGAUGUCACGCUCUCCAUAGGGAUACGUGACAUGUUGUGACAGAUCAUCACGUUUGCCGAAGGGUGUGGAAGGACCCAUGAGAACCCCCAUGGAACCCAGGCUGGCGUCCGGACAAAAAUUGACCCAAAUGACCGUUUCACCCAGGUUACAGUCCGGACACAAAACGUCUAAUUUGGGUGUCAACCCAGGUGAACGUCCGGACAUCUGCGAGGGGGGUGGUGGUAUGCCAGGUCGAAGUCCGGACAAAUAUGGUAGAGUAGUGUAGCGGAACGACAUAGUCGAUAAUGUUGAACGCGAGAGUUCGAAUCUUGCUUUUUACAGCUUCCAUUGGACGCUUGAAGUUCGAAUGAGCAAGUCGACUACUAUAUGUGAUGCCCACAAAAGUGCAACUGGCGCAAACCAACAUCUUUUUCGCUGGUGUCUCGUACCUUGGCGUCCAAAUCUACCAGCAACAUUUUCAUCGUCAUUUUCGUUCCAUUCCUGAUGCAACCGCCAUGUUCCAAUGCAACCACUUUGCCUUCCUUCCUUCUACUGCCUUUCUCUGUCUACUUUCAUCUAAGCCCAACCUAACGCACUCGGGACUCGAACUUGCACCUGCAGACCUCACAGACUUCGAUAUCCUAUCAACUGCUUUGCCUCAGUUGGCGGAAGCGGCCAAAUUGUUCCGCAAGAGGACUUCGAGGAACGGGGCCACACAGAGGGAUGAAGAAGGCGAUUUUUGAUUGUUUUUUGCUUCUCGUGGCUAUUCUAAACACACCU